GGUCAAAGGUUUCAGUCGGAUCAAAUCCAGUAACACACAGUUGUUUCCGGGUACGGAGGCAGGUGUAAACGGAACUUUAACAGCAGAUAACAACACUUUUUUAUUUUAAAUUGUGUGUUUGGUGUUUAGAGGCGGUCGUCGUCGUUGCUAGCUAGCUGUGUAGCCAACACGCUGGCGUUAACAGUAGCCUAGCAGGAUUUAGCGUGAUUUCUGUUGUGUUAGCAUGGAAGCUAGCGGGGUAACAACUGGCACGGUUUCAGGAGAAGAGGAGUGCGAAGUCCAUCAUCUGCUACCGGAGGAAGGGGAGGACCUGCAGCUGGAGGUGCCCAGCAUGUCCGUGGAAGGUGGCGUGUUGGUGUCUGACCAAAACCUGCUGCCCAAGGUUCAGGCCGUGCAGACGGACAGCACAACACAAGAGCUGGGCGUCAACACGGAGCCGGACUGGGAGAAUCAGGUGGCGGCCAUGUUGGAGUACAGCUCCAGCCUGACGGAGCAGCAUGACAAUCUGAUGAAGAAGCGGGGUGACCAGGAGGGGACACACAAGAAACACAAACAACAGCUGCAGAAGAAGAAGGAGGAGACUACACGCCAGCACCAGGCUCUUCUGGAAAAACUGGAGUCUCUGCGAGUGAAACUGCAGCUGAACAACUCGAUGGCCACCAGGAAGAACUUCUUAAAAAAGAAACAGGAAAUGACUUCAGAGAAGAGCAGAGCAGAGGAUGAGAGGAACAGGCUGGCCAAGGAGCUGGACGAGAGUGAGAGUAAGCUGGUGGCGCUCACAGAGGAGCAGAGCGAGGAGCAGUGCCGGUGGCAGGAGGAGCUGGAGGAGUUGAGGCAGGAGAUGGAGCAAGUGAGGAAGGAGGCUCAGGAGGCUGAGCUGCAGGCCUUACAGGACGAGAUCACUGCCGUGGAAAAGCAGAGAGAUGUGGCCAUGGCUUGCAUCGAGGCCUGGCUGAGCCAGGUGCGGCAGUACCUGAACACUCUGCGGGUGGAGUUCCCACAGAAGUACCCCGCUGAGAGGCGGGAGUGGGAGAAGAAGGAAGAUGUGGUCCGGAGGAACCAGGCUGAGCUCCAGAGCCGCUUCCAGGAGGUCCUGCUGCUGCUCCAACAGGGCCAAGAGUUAGAGUCCCUCCCCAGGAUCAAUGUGCCCACGCUGCCACAGAUCCCCACGGCCGACCUCAGAUUCCACCAGAUGAUGCAGUCGAUGAUCCGUCCUCACUUCAUGCCCCCUCCUCCGCCUCCCAUCCCAGUGCAGCGACCCUUCCCUCCUCAGAGACACCCACACUAUCACCAGCCCCCUCACCGUCCCCAGUACCGUAACCACUACCCCCACCAUCAACCACCACCUGACCACUACUUCCCCCCACCAUCGCACUACCACCCUCAGCAACCACUCAAGAGGGUGACUCCCCCUCCUGUUCAGCGUGUCCACCCAGUAGUUCCUUCGCCUCCUCCCCCCACUGCUGUUGCUACUCCUGCUGCCACCUCCGCCCCUGUCGGCAAACUGGACAAAGUCCUGGAGAAGCUCCGGACCAGGUUCCCACAGUGCGACAGGGCUCAGCUGACGUCACUGCUGCAGCAGGUGAAAAGCUCCCGUGGGACGUUGGCGGGCAUGUCCAUGGAGGAAGUCAUCGAGCAGGUCGGCUUGAGGCUGGCGCAGAAGGAGAGGUCGGCCCCAGGGCCCAUCAGCCGGCCCACAGCCCCGGGCCCCAUCCAGAGGCCGACCCUUCCCCUGCAGAGAGCUGGGGCUGCAGCACCAAGUGGAGGUCAGGCCGUCGUGGCCCGUAAACUCUGCCUGAUGUGCCAGAAUCACGUGGACCCAGAGAGCCGCUAUCCGCUGAGCUGCUCCCACACCAUCCACAGAGACUGCAUCCAGGUGUGGCUGCAAUCCAGCAAGAACAACUCCUGUCCCUUCUGCCCGGGGAAGUGAUGGAGAAACUUCAACCGUGACAGCGACAGUACCAUUCCAAAUAUGACUCUGAUGUGUGAGGUCUGUGGGACCAGUUACAGCCGCUGCCCCCUGCUGGCUGCCAUCUGUUCAGUUCCCCAUCAGCCUGCUGAAAGUUUGUCAGUACGUAUAAACAAAUACAACUGACAAUGAAGUUCUCAGAAGAAAUGUAAAAGAGAAAUGUGAAGGCUGUUGGAUAAACAGGUGCACUUAUUGUAUCAUGUUGUG